AUGGUAGCCAUCACGAUUCGUAUGCAGUACCUCCGGGGUAAACUUGCCACAAUCCGCUGCGGAAAAGGCGCUGCCAUCAUGGCUCCUGGAGUUAAGAGAAUAGCUUUAGAGUUCCCAUUUAAAAAUCAUAACGGCGCUAUGGGACCACGAAAGUUUUGGCAAAAGUACAUGCCAACUUUAAAAUACCACAAUCCGGAUGUCCAAAUGGAUGUCCAUCGGUCUAGUGAUCCAAUGACACCCUCAACGCUCACAAUUGAAUUUGAUGGCGAUCGAAAGGAGGUUCUUAAUUCCCCACAUCUGAAGAAGACGCCGCACUCAUGCGAGACAGCGGAGAAAGAGGCGAAACGAACGGGUGCAGGAAAAUCACCGUUGAUGUCAUAA